AUGGAGAUCCAGAUUCGGAGACCUAGGGCGGUGCAGAUUCCAGACCAAGAAAAUAUAUAUGCAAAAGGUAAAAUCAAUCUGGCGAUACCAACUAAGCGCCAAGGUUUGACUGUUCGUGGUGCUCUCGACGAACUGAACACUAAUGUGCAAGCUCAACGCGAUGUGAAUGUUGGAAAAAUAGCAGUUGGUGCUGCAGAUUUAGAAAAAAAAGGAAAUCGUCAUGCUCUGCGGAGUAAUUACAGCCAUGUACAGUCAAAAGUAGAUACUGGACUAGCAAGUAAGCCCAUACUACAACCAUCGUCACGACCACCCUUACGGCGUGAGGAGAGCACUGCUGCUCUUGCUGCAAGAGCUGCUGCUCGAACAAGGGCUAUAUUAAAGGAUUCACAAAAUAAGCCAAGUGAGCUCAAAGAAUCCCUCAAUAUUUAUAUUCAAACAAAGAAAACUAGUCAAGAUACUAAGAAGACAAGUAGACUUCCAGCUCUUCGAGAAAUUUCCAAAGAAACCAAAAACUUGUUAAAACAUGUAUCUAAGGAUCCAUCUGAGUCGUUGGGUAAACUAAAGUUAUCAGAUGCUUCUAUUAGGACAAAACAAGAGAGUAUUGAAACAAAGCUGGUAGAACCUUCAACACCUGUUUUACCCGAUGACAUAGAAGAUAUUGAUGCAGGGGAUAACAACAGCCCACUUCUUAUGUCAAUUUAUAUAAAAGAUAUUUAUAAGUAUUUGACAGAACUGGAAGAGAAAUACCCUAUUGAAUUUGAUCACUUGAGCAAACAGAGUGUGAUCACAGGCAAAAUGAGGGCAACUCUUAUUGAUUGGUUGGUAGAAGUCCAACGUCAAUUCUCCUUAGUCCUGGAGACAUUCCAUCUAACUGUUGGAAUAAUUGACAGAUAUUUACAGGCAGUACCAAGCGUGCAACGAAAUCAGUUGCAGUUGGUUGGGGUGACUGCCAUGUUUAUCGCUAGCAAGUAUGAGGAGAUUUAUGCACCAGAUGUUGGUGACUUUGUGUAUGUAACUGAUAAUGCUUACAGCAAAGCUGAUGUGUUUAGUUGUGAGAGAGAUAUAAUGUCAAAACUUGGAUUUUGUCUUGCAAGGCCAAUACCCCUCAGUUUCUUGAGAAGGUUUGUCAAAGCAGCUCAUGGAACAUCAAAAAAUCAUCAUCUAGCUAAAUAUUUUGUUGACUUAAGCUUGGUUGAGUACACAAUGUCUCAUUACCGACCAUCAGAACUGGCUGCUGCUGCUAUUUGUCUCUCCCUCUACCUGCUCUCUAACAAGAGCCUUACAGAAGUGUGGUCCCCAACACUUUCAUACUACUCUGGGUACUCAUUAGAACAUAUCGAACCUAUUAUCAGAAAAUUAGCCAAAAUUGUUGUCAAUGUUGAAAAUUCCAAAUUCAAAGCAGUAUACAAGAAAUAUUUAGAUACAACAUUGGCUAAAGUAUCCAGUCUACCUCAGUUGAAAGGCGAAACUAUUUAUGAACUGGCAAACAUGCCUUCAAUGUCC